UGGCUGCUGCUGGGCGCCUGGAGGGGGCUGCUGGCCUCCGCCUGCCCCAACGCGUGCGCGUGCGGCCCCGAGCGGAUCUGGUGCGGCGACUCCGCGGCCAGCCUCGUGUCCUUCCCCGUGCUCGGCAAGAGGAGCGAGCGGGAGAAAGUCACCGACAUUUAUAUUGCAAACCAGCGGAAGCUAGAAAGCAUCAAUGAACAAGAUGUUGGCCUUUAUGUAGGCUUAAAAAAUCUAACUGUGGUGGAUUCGGGUUUGAAGUUUGUCUCACGUCAAGCUUUCCUGAAAAAUACCAACUUGCAGUACAUUAACUUCUCAAGAAACAAGCUCUCAAGUUUGUCUAGAAAGUCUUUCCGUCACCUGAAUUUGACUGAUCUGAUUUUGGAAGGCAAUCCAUUCAAAUGUUCCUGUGACAUAAUGUGGAUCAAGAUAUUCCAAGAGAUCAAGAUGCCAAAAACAGAAAGUCGGGAUUUUUACUGUGUGAAUGACUACAACCAGAGGGUGUCUCUGAUGGAGAAGCCAGUCCCAAACUGUGGCAAACCUUCAGUCAAGCUGAGCACACAUAAUCUAACUGUUCUUGAAGGGAGAAGUGUCACAUUGUAUUGCGAUGCCACAGGAACACCACCACCAGUGAUAUCUUGGAUUUUCAGUAGCCUUAUUUCAAAACAUGAGAGCGAUACAAAUAAGAACCCAGCUUCUUUUACCAUAAAGAAUGUCUCAUCCAAUGACAGUGGAGCACUGAUUUCUUGUAUAGCAGAAAACAGUGUGGGCGAAGACCAAGUUUCUGUUGAUCUCACAGUGUUCUUUGCACCAAAUAUCACAUUUCUUGAACUGCCAUAUCCAGACCACCACUGGUGUAUUCCAUUCAGUGUAAGAGGGAACCCACAACCUACCCUAACAUGGUUGCAUGAUGGGGUAAAACUGAAUGAAUCAGACUAUAUCUGGACAAAAAUACAUGUUAUCAAUCAGACUGAAUACCAUGGCUGCCUUCAGUUGGAUAACCCUACUCAUGUGAACAAUGGAGAUUAUACCUUGGUGGCAUACAAUCAAUAUGGAAAAGAUGAAGCAAGCAUUUCUGCCUAUUUUAUGGAAGAUCCUGGAGGUAAGGAUUAUGGGACCACGACCAAUGACUUUGAGGACACUACAAAUAAUAGUAAUCCAGUUACUACUACGGGUGUUUCAAACGACAAUGAAGAUAGCAUCACUGUUUAUGUUGUAGUGGGGACUGCAGCAUUAGUGUGCACUGGCUUAGUUAUUAUGCUCAUUAUUCUCAAGUUUGGAAGACACUCCAAGUUUGGAAUGAAAGUUCAAUUAAAACAAGGUGGUCUGGUAGAUCAAAUGUGGCUGUCAUUGCAAGACUGCGAUAAUGAAGGUCCUUCUUCAGUUAUCAGCAAUGACGACGAUUCAGCAAGUCCUCUGCAUCACAUCUCUAAUGGGAGUAACACUCCAUCAUCUUCUGAGGGAGGCCCAGAUGCAGUAAUUAUUGGAAUGACAAAGAUUCCCGUAAUUGAAAAUCCUCAGUAUUUUGGAAUCACAAACAGUCAACUCAAGCCUGACACAUUUGUCCAGCACAUCAAGAGACACAAUAUCGUUCUAAAAAGAGAGCUAGGAGAAGGGGCUUUUGGAAAAGUCUUCUUGGCUGAGUGUUACAACCUGUAUCCUGAGCAGGAUAAGAUCUUGGUUGCAGUAAAGACACUAAAAGAUGCUAGUGAUAAUGCCCGCAAAGACUUCCACCGAGAAGCAGAACUACUAACUAACUUACAGCAUGAGCACAUUGUGAAGUUCUAUGGAGUAUGUGUGGAAGGGGAUCCUCUCAUUAUGGUCUUUGAAUACAUGAAGCAUGGGGACCUCAACAAAUUCCUCAGGGCGCAUGGACCUGAUGCUGUUCUGAUGGCUGAAGGUAACCUUCUAGCUGAGCUGACCCAGUCACAGAUGUUGCAUAUUGCCCAGCAAAUUGCAGCUGGCAUGGUUUACUUGGCAUCACAACACUUUGUGCACCGUGACCUUGCCACUCGGAAUUGUCUAGUUGGUGAAAACUUGUUGGUGAAAAUUGGAGAUUUUGGAAUGUCAAGAGACGUGUACAGCACAGAUUAUUACAGGGUUGGUGGACAUACCAUGUUACCCAUUCGUUGGAUGCCUCCUGAAAGUAUCAUGUACAGAAAAUUCACCACUGAAAGUGAUGUAUGGAGCCUUGGAGUUGUUUUAUGGGAAAUCUUUACUUACGGCAAACAGCCAUGGUACCAGCUCUCAAACAAUGAGGUAAUCGAGUGCAUCACUCAGGGCAGAGUCCUGCAGCGACCUCGUACAUGCCCAAAGGAAGUAUAUGAUCUGAUGCUGGGUUGUUGGCAGCGGGAGCCUCAUAUGAGGCUCAACAUCAAAGAAAUCCACUCCCUCCUUCAGAACUUGGCCAAGGCCUCUCCAGUCUACCUGGAUAUUCUAGGCUAGAAACUCCCAGCACUUCCUGUUAUGGAAUGUAUGAACAAAUAUGUUCAAUUGCCACUAAACUCCAUUAAAAUGUGUUCUUACCUCUGACAGUAUUAAAGACAAGGAAAUGGAGAAGCUUUCAAAGGGCAAGCUGUGUUCAUUUCUCCCUCUGUAGACACAGUAUUGACAUUAUUGAAUUGUAUCUCUUCUCUCCUUCAUUCUUUCUGUUUCUCUUUUUCCUCAAUUUGUAUUCAAUCUGGCUUCUGCAUUAUUAUAACUCUGCAUAGACAAAGGCCUUAAAAACCUGACCUGUUAUAUCAACAGAUACUCAGUUUUGCCCAUCACAACUAACAAUGCCUUGUAUUCAUGCCUUUGAUCUGGAUAAAAAAGGGAAAAUUGACUUUGUGACUUCUGUAUGGAUAUCCGGAGCUUCUAUGGAUUCACCUCUACUUCAUUUGCUUUGGCAUCUGGGUAGAAAGCGGAAGACUGGCAUUUUCUAUGGGAAACUUUCUUUUCUAGCUGAAAUCAAGCCAGAGGGAAACAAAUCAGCAUAUUGUAUAAUGCACUGUAUGGAGAAAUUAUAGGAUCAGAUGGCAUCCAACAUACCACUUUAACAUGUAAUGAAAUGAUUUG